AUGGCUACAUCGGCUACGUCUGUGUUGACUGCGAAAGCAGAAGACUGGUCGGAGUGCUCUUCACGUUUGCUAAUUGAUACCCCAGACUUUCUUCGGAGUGACUCUGAUUGGACCACUAGUCCAGCAAAGCUUUCAUCCAAGCAGACCAAGAGCGAGCUAUUGUCCUUGUGCGAGCAACGCGGUGUGGAUUGUUCUGGCAAGAAGAGUGAGGUGAUCAAAGCUUUGGUUUCAAGCUUUCUGGGACCUGAUGUACCAUCAGAUGGUGUUCGCAUGUGCCACCCUGGAAUUGCAAUGGGCUAUGACACAGAGUUGAAGAAUCCAGCGCCUGUGCCUCAGAACCCCCCACCUUACCGCCCUGAAAUCUUUAGCUGA